AUGGCUUCGACUGUCGGAAAGACAAUCACCUGCAAGGCGGCGGUCGCGUGGGAGGCGGGCAAGGAGCUCAGCAUCGAGGACGUCGAGGUACUCCCGCCGCGGGCCCAUGAGGUGCGCAUCAAGCUGGCCUACACGGGCGUGUGCCACACGGACGCGUACACGCUCUCGGGUAAGGACCCCGAGGGUGCGUUCCCCGUGAUCCUGGGACACGAGGGCGCGGGCAUCGUCGAGUCGGUCGGCGAGGGUGUCACCAGCGUCAAGGUCGGCGACCACGUCGUGGCCCUGUACACGCCCGAGUGCAAGGAGUGCAAGUUCUGCAAGUCGGGCAAGACCAACCUGUGCGGCAAGAUCCGCGCCACUCAGGGCAAGGGCGUCAUGCCCGACGGCACCUCGCGCUUCCGCUGCAAGGGCCAGGACAUCCUGCACUUCAUGGGUACCUCCACCUUCAGCCAGUACACCGUCGUCGCCGACAUCUCGGUCGUCGCCGUCCAGCCCGAGGCCCCCAUGGACCGCACUUGCCUGCUGGGCUGCGGCAUCACUACCGGCUAUGGCGCCGCCCGCAUCACCGCCAACGUCGAGAAGGGCAGCAACCUGGCCGUCUUCGGCGCCGGCUGCGUCGGUCUCAGCGUCGUCCAGGGCGCCGUCUCCCAGGGCGCCGGCAAGAUCAUUGUCGUCGACGUCAACCCCGCCAAGGAGGAGUGGGCCUACAAGUUCGGCGCCACCGACUUCGUCAACCCCACCAAGCUGCCCGAGGGCCAGACCGUCGUCGACAAGCUGCUCGAGCUGACCGACGGCGGCUGCGACUACACCUUUGACUGCACUGGCAACGUUGGCGUCAUGCGCGCCGCCCUCGAGGCUUGCCACAAGGGCUGGGGCCAGAGCAUCAUCAUCGGCGUCGCCGCCGCCGGCCAGGAGAUUUCGACGAGACCAUUCCAGCUCGUCACGGGCCGCGUGUGGAAGGGCUGCGCCUUUGGCGGCGUCAAGGGUCGGUCCCAGCUGCCGGGCCUCGUGGCCGACUACCUCGACGGCAAGCUCAAGGUGGACGAGUUCAUCACGCAUCGCAAGAACCUGACCGAGAUCAACGAGGCUUUUGAGAUCAUGAAGCAGGGCGACUGCAUCCGCGCCGUCGUCGACUGCGAGAAGUGA